CAACAAAUUGCAAAGUUGACAGAAUAAAAACGAGCGCACAACUGUUUAGUUCUGUCGGUUUCAUUUUUAAUUAAAUUUUAAAUGUGUUUUGACUGUUGCGACGACACAAUGAAUAAUAACAUUAGCACCUCAACCACAGCUUGGGAUUCAAGCAAUCCUCAGCCGGGAAUUGGUAGUAAUGUGGUUUCAUCACAACCAGGAUUCAUUGGUGCUGGCAUGGUCUCAUCACAAGUAGUGACGGACAGUGGAUAUCCUGGAAAUCCGAGUUUUGGUGGAGGAAUCAGCUCGUCACAAGUAGUGACAGACAGUGGAUAUCCUUCAAAUCCAAGUUUUGGUGGCGGAAUCAGCUCAACACCCAGUUAUGGCGGUGGAUUUGGAGGUAUGGUCGAAACAACUCCAAGUUAUGGCACCGACGGUGGAAUGGGAAGUCACCAAUAUACUACAGACAGUUCAAACAAUUUGGGUCAGUACAGCAAUGAAAUGAGCUCUUCAUCAUACAACACAAAUUCAUAUUAAAUGAAAUAAAAAUCAAAUUAAAGAGAUGAUUAUCAAACACAAAUUACGUUCUUUUAAAAUUAAAUAAAUAUAUCAGAUAAAUCGCCUUAUAUUGAAAAAUAAUAUAUCAACACAUAACCUAUCAAAAGAACAGUUUAUAUAAAGACAAACUCAAUUUACACCGAUA